AUGUCCUUAGAAGAAGAUCGAAGGACGAAUGCUGUUACUUAUCGCGAACCUUCAAACUCAACAGAUAAGGACUUGGAGGCUAGAGGCAGACGAAAACGAGUCGAAGAGAAUAUGUAUCCCACAGAGAAUGUGUAUCCUUGUACUUUUGAAGGCAACGUUGACAUUACCAGACCUCCGACUGCUCCUUACAUUGAGUUUAGACCAGAAAAUUCAGCGGUAAUAUCCGAAGAGAAUUUGUAUUCUAGAGCUUUUGUAGGCAACGUUAACAUUACCAGACCUCCGCUAGCACUGAGAAGCUCUAAUUAUUAUUAUUACAUGGAAAAUUUACAAAGAGAAGCUGAAUUCUAUAGACGCACUGAAAACUAUACUCACGCCUGGCGGGAUUUAAUGGAAAAAGAAUAUCAAAGGAAGAAUGCUCUUAUUGAUUGCGGACGUCCAAACUCAACUGAUCCAGGUUUCGCUGUUAUUCCUGCAGAGUAUUUGCAUCCUAACACUUAUGAAAACAAUAUGGACCUUAUCAUACCUCCGACAGCUCCAAUAUUGAAUCGCUACAAUAUGUAUAACUUACAAAUAGAGACUGGAUACCACACUAGCGCCACCAUGGAAUAUGGGGUGGGGUUAAUAGAAGAGGAAUAUCGACGGACGAACGUUGCUAUGAAUUGUGGACCCCGAGACUCAUCUUAUCCAGCUUCGGAGUUUUGUCAUUCACGCACUGUACCAAGCUUAUAUGCUAGAGUUGACGUAAACAUUAGUGGAUCUCCAGCUCCGGACACUGAAAAGUCAGACAGCGAGAUUAUUGACGUUUGUGGUUUGUCGAUUUCAAACACUGAAGUUCCAUACACUGAAGAGGUAGACAGCCAAAUUAUUGACGUUUGUGGAUUAUCGAUUUCAAACACCGAAGUUAAAGUAAUAGAAAGUGAUUACAUUGACGUUUGUGCAUUAUCAAGAAGUUUAACGAAAUCCGAGCUUCUUGGUUCUGACGACAGUGAUUGUGAGGUUGGAUCCCCGUUUUCGCCAGAUCAGAAACUUACUUCGACUCCGCAAGCACCACGUCAACGACAUAUUAUGUUGGAGCCAUAUGUUGGCACGCCCACCUCAUCGCAUAGGAGAAUCCGAAGAAGGCGCUUGAAUUUCCAUGAUCCGAAUAUGAUAUACGAGCUGUCGGAUAUUUCCGAUGAUGAGAAUGAAAACGACGAACCGCCAGCGAAAAGACCAGCAAUUGAUGAGGACAUUACACAUAAUGAACCGAUUGCAGAAUGGGUCAAUGAUAUAGUGGAACUGGUACGCGGCGACGGCGCAAGAAUAGUAAUUGAGUAUAGACCGACAACUGUAACUGCUUACCUACACGACAGCAAAACUAUACCCCAUUACACCACUUUCGCCUUGAAAUUCAACUCAGAAUCCCUCUUGCCAACAGAAUCGGAUAAUGAUGACGAUGCUGAUAACGAUGACGAUACCGAUAACGAUGUCGAUAACAAGGAAGAUGACGAUGCCGAUAACGAUGACGAUGACGAUAACGAUACUGAUAACAAUGACGAUAUCGAUAACAAUGACGAUACCGAUAACGAUGCCGAUGCUGAUGACAAUGACGAUGAAGAAUCCGAUAACGAUGACGAUGCCGAUAACGAUGACAAUGCCCACAACGAUGACUAUGCCGAUAACGAUAACUAUGACGAUGCUGAUAACGGUGACGAUACCGAUAACGAUGAAGAUUCCGAUAACGAUGACGAUGCUGAUAACGAUGACGAUACCGAUAACGAUGACGAUACCGAUACCGAUAACGAUACCGAUGACGAUGACGAUACCGAUAACGAUGACGAUACCGAUGCCGAUGAUGAUGCCGAUGCUGAUGACAAUGACGAUGCCGAUGCCGAAGGGAGCCCCACAAGGUGA